AAUCGCGAAUUUCGUCUUUGGCAACAACUCGAGCAAUCCGUCAACAAACGUCUCCCUCCGUCUACCCCAAACGAUACUCUGCGUCUACACGCCCAAUCGAGAAAUUGCAUUCAUCCUUAAUAAUGGCCAGCGCACUCUACAACGCUCUGUUCCGCAAGAACUUCCAAAUGCUGGGUGCGGUCUUCGCUGGAGCUUUCGUGUUCGAGCUGGGAUACAACCAAGGCAUGAACAAGCUGUGGGAUUACAACAACAGAGGGCGCCAAUGGAAGGACAUCCGAUCCCGAUAUGUUGAGCAGGAGGAUGAGGAAUAAAUCACUACAAGUCGAGGCUGGGAGGUGAUGACACUUCAAGGGGGACACAAAACCCUGCUUCUAUAGUUCUGUACUUUAUAGACGGAUCCGAACAAUCCUAUUGCAAAUAUACCCCUUAGCCUGUUGCAAUGUGCCAGAAGAGCCUAUCGCAGGUGUUUUCUAGCUCAUCGCCGUGUUAGACAUUGGCAUGGCAUCAGAGGUUGGAAAUGGAAACGGAAUGUACAUGCUCAAAAACUCCAACACGAGUUACUCACGCGCUUCCUCGUUUCUAUGAACUGUGAAUGCCUGUUGUAGACCCUGACUUGAAUACAGGGCGUAAGAGUCUGAGCUACCAACAUUUGCUCUACCUGACAAUGACAACC